AUGGAGGAGGAUGGCAUGGAUUCGCUGUUUGAGGGGAUGGUUUUGUUCCCACCUUCUAAUCAAUUUCCCGAUGAACAACCUGAUCAACAACAACAACCUUUUCUUGAUGAUCCUCCACCUAAACAUCCACAAAAAUCUGCAUCUGAAUCUGAUGAUACAAUUGUUAAUAGAAACGAUAAUAUAGCAGUACCAGAAGCAGAAGCAUCAUCCCAUCUACAUCAAGCUCAACAAUUACCAGAGCCCCUUGAUGAAAACCUUUUCUCUUCCCUCGAAACCCUAACCCAAUCCGAUCCAAUUACCACUUCUCCUACUUCUAAUACUAAUACUUCUGCUCAUCCAACUACAAUUAUCUCCCGCCAGAUUUCUUCUACUUCUAGAAAGAAAAAGAGAGCUGCUACCGUCAGGAUCGGCUAUGCCAGAGAUCAUUCUCAUCCUCCUCCUUCUCCUCUUGUUACUUCCAAUCGCAACAACCUCAAUGUUGAUCAUCAUCAUCAUGACGACGAUGAUGCCUCUCAAUCGCCAUCAUCUGUUGUUGCCAAUCCUAAUGACGAUGAUGAUGCCGACGCUGGUAAUUCCCUCUCAGAUUCACGAUUCGAAAAUAAAAAAGAUGAAACCUUGUCCCAAUAUGACUACAUUAAAGCCCAAACUUUUGACAAGCUCGAGACCGCUCGGCUCUUGAUUGUCUCUGUUUUUGCCGCCCGCAAGGAGUCUAUCUCAAGGAGAAGAAAAGCUGCUGAGGAUCUCAAUUUAGCAUCUGCCAACCACGCUCAGUUAGAACACCAGUUGGAGGAUGCUUGUGAGGCCGAAGAUUUCGAGACCGCCCAAAGGAUUAGCGACAGCCUUGCUGCUGCUGAGAAGGAGAGGCAAACUCUGCUUCUUACUCUCAGAGACGCUGAAGCCCACUGCGAUGCUAUCGACUCUCAGAUGUCCCAUGCUCUUGACUCCCAGAUUGCUGCUGAGCAAGAAUGCGCUUCUCUUCUUCUACAUUUUGCUAAGGAUGCAGAAAAUAAUGCAGAUUUGAUCGUGAAGAAUGCACAGCUUUUUUCUUCAAAAGAAAUCGAUGAUUGGUUUUCAUCCUCCCAAGUCUUGGAGGCCAAGAAGAUAGAACUAGAUAUUGAGUCACAUUUCAUAAAGGAAGCACGCUUGCAGGUGAAUGAUUCUAUCCAGCAUUCAGUCGAGGAUGAUAGGAAUGAGAGAGAAAUUCUUUGUAAGAAAAAAGAUGUGCUCAAUGAUGAACUGCACCAUCUUCUUGAUUUAGUCAAACAGAAGGAAAUGGAGUUAGCGGAGAAUGAUACUAAAAUCAAAGCAGUUGACGAAAGGAUUGCUGCGGUGGUCUCUGAUUUCAAGGACAUUCAAUCAAGUGUUAACGCUAAGUUUGAUGACUUGCAAUCACACCUUUCUCAGAUUCACCUUCAGAGUGAAGCAUUAUCCACAAAAAGAACGGAAAUUGAUAAGUUCCUUUCUGGAGAGGAAGACCGUGGGGCUAAGCUUAGGGAACUAGCCAGACUUUCGGAAGAUGAAGCAAAAGCCUACCAGGAAGUUGUUGAGCUGAGAAAAAGCCUCAAGUUAUCCAUUUUGAAAUCUAGGGAAGAAAAAUUGAGGCUGGCAAAGACUGAGGAGAAGCUUACCUUGGAUGUCCAGAUGCUCCAACAGGAAGUUUCUGCUGCAAGAGGUUCCCUGCAGGAGCUAUCGUCAACUAAGUCCAGCAUCCAGCAAAAUAUAUCAUCCUUCAAGCAGAGAAUUUUAUUCAUAGAUAAAAGAGUCCCAGAACUGGAGGCAGAAAAGAAAGUUGCUGCUGCUGCAAGAAACUUCAAGGAAGCUGCACGAAUAGCUGCUGAGGCAAAGUCAUUGAGUGUUGAAAAGGAUAGUUUGCAGAUUGACUUGGAAAAGGAAACUUUAGAGCUUGAGAAGCUCGAGGAAGAUAUUAAAGACACUGUUACCAGAUUGCAAACCACCGAGGGACUGAUAUUAUCCAAGGAAAAGGAGGUUGCCAUGGCUAGAUUCCAUAGGUUACUAUUAAUUGCUGGUGCUGCCACAGCAGAAAGAUUUGCUGCUCUAGAGCUAGGUGACAUUGAAGAAGCUAACCUCCUACUUGCGGAGGCUGAGGCGGCAAACGAUGAAGCAAAAAAACUUCAACCUAUAUACAAUUUUAAAGAGGAAGACUUUUCAAUACCAAAACAUUUUAUCUCCAUGGAACUUGUAUCCAAUCUUGGGAGGAAGCAGUUAGCAGAAUUGACAGCAUCCGUUCAUUCCCAGCAUCAAAAUGACUAG